CAGCUGGUGACCCCUCUUUGACGGCCAGGUUGUGUAACUCGCAACCAACAUCAUCAACUGUGCAGUAGUUGAAGCAGGACUUGAAAAAAAGACACUGUAUUCAGUACUCACUAUGGCUACAACCACAGCACCAGACGUCUCGGCGCCCAUUGACGAGGCUGGCGGCGCCCCAAUCCAUGAGACUGAGCCUCUUCUGGGGCGACCCGGCGAUGCAUCACAGACUCGCCGACAGCCCUUUAUCUACAACUUGACACUUGGAACCGGCUUUAUCGCCCAGCUUGCCAGCGUUCUUCUAACCAUCGUCAUCUGGGCUAGCGUCUUUACAAAACCGCUGAUUCUCUUCUCUGGCCAUCCACUAGCCCAGUCGCUCGCUGUUUUGGUCCUUAUUCAAUCGAUUCUUGCCCUACAGCCAACUCAUACACGAGAUCAAAAGCGUAUCGGCCAGAAAGUACACGCUACCCUCAACCUCGCUGCGUUUCUGCUGCUCGUUACCGGCGUUGGAGUGAUCGAGUAUAACAAAUACAGAAGCAAGGGUGAACAUUUCCAUUCUGUGCAUGGCUACUUGGGAGUUACAACAUCGAUUGUGUUGUUGAUCCAGUACUUGGUUGGCCUUACAAUGUAUGCUGUACCAUCUCUGUAUGGAGGUCGAGCAAACGCCAUGGCCAUCUGGAAGUACCACCGCGCGAGCGGCUAUGUUAUCUUGGUUCUCUUACUAGUCACAGUUUGCAGUGCAACAAGGACCGAAUAUGUUGAGAAUGUAUUGAAGAUCCAGCUCUGGGCACCCGUUUUGCUUUCUGUUUUAGUUUUGGCUGGCGUCCUACCUCGCAUCCAAAAGCAUAAAUUUGGUGGCAAGAUAACGACUAGCUGAUACACUGUUCCGUAAUGUAUACAGAUGAUCCAAAUUCUUUCUUUAUAGCCUGCAUGCAUGCAAGUAGCUGCUAGUGCCCUCUGCUUCGAUUGUUGCAACUCCAUAGCGGAUGAAUUAAACAAGGCAGCAACACUGCCUCCGCCGAUAUUUACAAACGAAGCAAGGAUUUAUAUGGUUGAUUUACUUAUACGAUGCGGCCUCCAUCGUACCAUCUCCCCACCGCUUCACGGUUUAUCCAUGUAUAUUUUUGUUUGUGACGGACGCUUGCCAGUCACCAAACACACUGUGUUCCGCGCCUGUUUGAGUACUGUUGUAGAGCGGGGGUAGAUGACCUACUACGAUUGUUGAUGCCUCUAUUGGUGGCGUACAGAGAGGCCAUACUGAUUCAACGAUUUAUAGAUGUUCAAAAAUGGCAUUUUGAAGCCAAGAAUAUUUUUCAUGAAUUUCCCGUGAGCUGUGUACGCAUACUCUGAGUGUAUCGGCUCACUU